GUAGUCUGACUAAUGGCCCUCCUCCAUUAUCAACAGUCAACACCAUCUUCUCUCUUACUCGUGGCCCUACUGAUCAGUGAUCUCCCACCCCCUCGCCUUCGGCCGCCUGCUUCUUCUCCUAGCUUCGCUGCUCUUCACCACUCUUGCAGUUGAGAUAUCCGCCGCGCCUGCUUCGAUCUCCCGAGCGUUCGCGCAUGGAUAAGGAGUCUCGGGCCUGUGGGAGAAGCGCGGCGGCGGAUGGAGGUGAUGAUGCCGGCGGCGAGAGGGGCGCGGCCGCAGCUCUAGGCCCCCUCGCCGUCGCCCGCAUACGUAAUGAUCGCGCGGCGCGCUCUUCAUUAGGAAAGAGAGGCAGCGGCUUCCGGCUGCGGGUUUUGGCAUUUAGGGCAAAGUAGAACGCGACAAUUGAGAAAAGGAGCCGAGAAGAAACGGAAAAGGCAAGCAAAAUUGGAUUUAAUGAGGGGGGAUGAGGGGUGCCGACGAGUGGGGAAUCGAUCAAGGCUUCGAUACGGAUCCGGGGAGUGGCCUCUCUCAUCCGCUCCGCACCUUCUCGCCGCCGCUUGGUGUUCUUCGGAGGAAUCACGAGCUCGGGUGCUUCUGCUGCUUACCGAAGGCAGUUCUGCACAUGCUUGUUUUUUUGGAAAUUAUUUCCAGAUUUGGACCCACACUGAAACUAUUUUCGCAAGUACACCGUAUUUUGCGCCAAGGUUGGUGAUUCUGAGGGUUAAUGUCUCAGCGCCGAGAUAUCUGGUGCUGAGCUUGAGGACACAUCAGCUUGUGCUGGAACGUGCCGCCAAGUCAACAGCAGAAGAAACUGAAAGACAGCUAUACUGUGUUCUACUACCAGGAAUACCGGAGAUGGCAGCCCCUAAUUCUGCGGUGACAUCUGUUGGCUCUGGUGGUAUGGAGCCUGGUUUUGCCAAGCUUCAGGGUGCAAAUUUUGAGUACUUUAUUCAGGCUUACUCAGUCAUCUUGGGGCGCAAUACUGAACAUUCAAAAGUAGACUUAGAUCUCUCUAUCCUUGGUGGUGCUGAUGGAGGCAUGGUUGUUUCCCGUCAUCAUGCGCGCAUAUUCUAUGAUUUUGAACACCGCUAUUUUGCCCUUGAAGUCCUUGGUAAGCAUGGAUGCACCAUUCAGGGGGUCUCGUAUCUCCCAGGUAGCGAUCCAGUUAAACUGAAUUCCCAGGACCUCAUUGAGAUUGUAGGUAAAAAAUUCUACUUUCUCCUACCAACUCGUUCUAUCUACGCCACCAUUGCUGCUCGGCGUACUCAUGCUCCAUUACAACCCCAAUAUCCAUCCUUUAUGCGCCCUAACAACCCUGGGCAUUCCUAUGGUGAUAAUUACGACCGAGGCAAUGGUGACAACGGCACUAAAAUCGGCACUGAAAUGCGGGGAAAGUUGAUGAAGCAAUGCAAGAAGUCUUCUGGAGAAUUGGACAUCUCUAACAGCUACGGCAUCAAUGCUGAUCCAAUUGGAGCACUUGGUGAACGUGUCAAUAAGUUAGAAAUAAGAAGGGCGGACAAGGAUACCGACAAUCAGCAGCUCCUAAAAAGGGCAGACAAGGAUACAGACAAUCAACAGCCCCUAUUAAAAGAAGAAAAAGAUGUCGUCUCAUCCCUUGUAAUCCUGAUAUCUGACCUAUGUGGUCCUGGAGAAUGGGUUCCUAUGGCAAAACUCCAUUCAAAGCUUCUUGAACGCUUUGGUAAGGUCUGGUCCCAUGGCAAGGUCCGGAGGUACCUGACACCAGAGGGAAGCUCGUCAACUGAAACAAAAGGCAGGCCGUGGUGCGGCUUGUUGCCGCUACUCAGGAAGUACCCAGAACAUUUUGUCAUGAGUAUAGUGACUAGAGGGGAAGUAACAUCAGAGUAUGUUGGGUUGGUCUCUUAAUAUCCUAGGAGAAUGGACUAUGAACCAUACAGUGUGUCGAACAGGCCAUCAUCAGCCUAUGUUUGAAAAGACGAGAACAUAUCUUUGUCCGUAUCCUAAGCUUAUGUUGUAGGGGCUAUCAUGCUGUAAUGUAAACCUGUACACCUUUGUUGCGGGUAUCUUUAGGAUCGACCUCUGUACUCCAGUGUUACCAUUUUGCAAACUUCGUUUUCUUUUGGAAAAGAGCUGGAAAUGUUGGGGCAAUAGUCGGUGUAUUCGUUGUGCUUCUAUUAUUUUCCAUGAGCUUAGAUCAUUGGUCAGAUGUUU